AUGGAUAACAUCCUUUUUUGGAAUGCUCGUGGAGCUGGGAGUGGAAAAUUCAGGUCCUCAAUUCAGGACUUAGUGAAAAUGCAUAAUGUUGAUCUUUUAUUUGUGUGUGAGCCUCGUAUACAGUUUGAUGGGGCAAGGAAAUAUUUACUUUCCCUUGGUUUUACUGACUAUAAAGUGAUGGAAGCUAAUGGUUUCUCUGGUGGCCUUUGGCUACUUUGGAAUAGAAACAAGUAUACUAUUGACAUCAUUGAUACUACUUUUCAAUCCAUUUCUGUGAGAGUUGGUUGGAAUGGCUUCCAGAGUUGGAUGUUAACUGGUAUAUAUGCUAGCCCUUGCAAUACUUCUAGAGGUAUUUUAUGGAGUUACUUAGACAACCUGGCUAAUCGUGUUAAGCUUCCUAGUAUGAUUGUAGGAGACUUUAAUGAGCUUUUGUCCUACUCUGACAAGAUUGGUGGAUCUCAGCACUACAGAUUUGGUGGUAUGCAAGAUUGGGUGAAUAGAAAUGGCCUAAUUGAUAUGGGCUACCAGGGUGCUGAUUAUACCUGGAAGAAUAAUUUUGUUAAAGAAAGGCUUGAUAGAGGCUUUUGUUCCUGUGAUUGGAGGCUUCUCUUUCCUGAUGCUUGUAUUUUGCAUUUGGCUAGGAUGAAAUCUGAUCACUGCCCUAUCAUUGUCAAGCUCAACCAUUGUAGCAGGGCUACUAGAAGAAAUUCUCCCUUUAGGUUUCAUGCUAUGUGGAUGCAGCAUGAUAGUUAUGUGGAUAUGAUCAAUGAAACUUGGAACAACUGCCCUGGGGACUUACAGGUUAAGACUACUACUCUUGCCAACUCUCUCAGCAUCUGGAAUAAAGAAGUUUUUGGUAAUAUUUUCAAGCAGAAGAGGAUUCUUUUGGCUAGAAUUUGUGGUAUUCAAAGGAGCUUGGGGAGACAAAAUAUUCCUUUUCUUGUGAACCUUGAGAAAGAGCUGAUCCUUCAAUAUGAGCAAAUUAGAGACGCUGAAGCCCUCUUUUGGAGGCAAAAGUCUAGAGAUAAGUGGCUUUGCGAGGGGGAUAGAAAUACUAAAUUUUUCAUUUAA